CUGGGAGAGCAGCCCUUGACCCUCAGAGACGGGGACGAGGUGGCCGUUAUACCGCCCCUUAGUGGAGGCUAAAGAAAUUAUCAAGGUAUGGCUGCAGAUGGGGGUCAGGAUCUAAUUACACUCACUACUGACAAGCUUUCUGCUGAUAGUGUUUCUCAGUCUGUUACGUGUCCCUCCUGUGGUGCUGUAUCGCUGUUUAUUGGAACUACCAGAGAUAAUUUUGAGGGGAACAAAGUGAUCUGGCUUGAAUAUGAAGCAUACAGUCCAAUGGCAGAGUCAGAGCUCAGGAAGAUCUGCCGUGAGAUCCGGACAAAGUGGCCCAGCGUCAGACACAUUAACAUUCAGCAUAGACUUGGUGUGGUUCCUGUAACAGAAGCAAGUGUUAUUAUAGGGAUCUCGUCACCGCACAGAAGUGAUUCCCUGGAGGCGGUGAAGUACUGCAUCAACACACUCAAAGCUACUGUGCCAAUCUGGAAAAAGGAAAUAUAUGAGUCUGGGGAGCCGUGCUGGAAAGAGAACAAGGAGUGUUUGUAGCCGGAUACUGGGAAAGAUCCCAAACCAAGUUGAACCAUUAACUAGCAAAUGAGCUACAGUAAAUCUCAUGAAGCAUCAAGAGGUUUUUAUUGAAAAAAUACAAAGCUCAAAGUUUUCCUGUAACACCUGAUGAAACAAAGAUUUUAAUCAAAAGAGCAUAUUCUACUCUUCUCUUGAAUAGAAAGUCUUAAAAAAAGUACCAGUGCAAAAACAUUAUGUAAAUAUUAAGGGAAAUCGUUGUCGUUUAUGUUGCCUUCGAUAAGUCGGGCCUCAAAGAUUUCCUAAAAACGCCACAUAACAGCAUCAGUAGAAGUUAAACCCUGAAUUCAUGUAGCAAUUUACUGACAACACUUUCAUAUACAUGCAAAUAUGUUUGACAUUUCAGAAGAUUUGACUACAUCAUAUAAUGCUUAGAUCAUUUGUUAAUGCAGUCAAAUAGUUUGAAAUGUCAUUAUACAUUUGCGGAUAACAUUAAGCUGUAUUUUAUGUUUAUAAAUGGCAAGUUAGUAAUAAGAAACAAUGCAGACAACACUUUAAAAAUGAACAUCUUGCAUUAUUACAUAAUUUGUUAAUGUAAGAUUUAAUGUUAAGUUUUUAAAGUGUUUCUUAUUACUAACUUGAUUCAUUUGUGCAAGUAGUCUCAAUCAUUUAUUUUCUCAUGCAGUGUUAAUCCAUUUCCCUGAUGUGUUGCAUACAGUGGCACUGCUUACUACUGGAGUUAUUUGCUCAUGUUUACAUAGUAUGGACAACAGUGGCAGCGGUAGAAUUCACAAAAAACCUGCUUUACCAGUGUAUUGCUGCUUUGGGCAUAAAACAUUUUUGAGUUUGCAAUUUGGUAUUGCUGAAAUGGUCUCACUACAAUUUUGUGAAGGCUUCUUUUCACUGAUACUGUAUAAUUUGGAACAUAUGCCUGGUAUGCUUUAGAAUUUUGGGGAAUUUUAGUACUCCAGUAUAUAAAAUAAAUGAUCAAAUUUGUUCAAUUAAGUUAGUCAAUGACUCAAAGGUCCAUUUACAUAUAUGCCACCAAUUAUCUCUUUAGGCCUAGUAUGUUAGGGUAUGCAUACAUCUAAAAUAUUUGGUAUGGUGCGUGACCCUGUAUGCACAUUCAGCCCAAUUUUUCUUAACCAUUUGUGCAAUGUAGUUAUGGGGAGUCGACGCCUAAAGCUGAUUCCUUGACUCUGAAUAGCCAUAGUCUUGGGGUCAACUCUAGCACAGGAAUCGACUCGUUGUCGACGCCAUUGCUGUGUCUGUAAUUCCUCACUCAUUCACUAGUCCCUAUAUAGUACUCGCCAGUUGAGUGCACUAUAUCUGCAAGGAGUGAACCAAAUAAAGCCAGGAAAUCGGACACUGACUGCACUGGGUUGACACAGAAACAACUGUCACAAUGCCCUCACCCGGCCAUUAUAUUAAUUCGAAGAAUAUGUUCUCUCUCAUUCAUUUAACUCUGACAUGGCUGUUGUAUGUAUUGGCAACAACUA